GCGCGGGGAAGAGGAAGACAAAGAAAAGGAUGAUGAAGAAGAGGAGGAAAGUAGAAGAGGAAGAAGAAGAAGAAGAAGAAGAAGGAGACGACCAAGAAGAAGAGGAUGCAGGCAAAGCGGGAGGAGAAGGAGAGGGAGGGGGAGAGGGAGAGAAAGGCAGAGGGGAAGGGGAAGGGGAAGGAGGGGGAGAAGAAGGGGGAAGUGGAGAGGAGGGGGAAGAGAGGGGACGGGAAGAUGGACAAGGAGGGGGAGGGGGAGGGGGAGGAGGAUGAGAAGAUGGAAAAGGGGAAGGGGGAGGAGGGGGGACGGGAGAAGGAGAAGGGAAGGAGAGGGGAGGAGAAGGUGGAAGAGGAGAUGCACGGACCAGCAACGCAUAUGUCGAAACCACUGUGUAAGAUGAGUUACAUGUACAGGGAGUCGAGAUUGGCGAGCACGAAUGUAACAAGUCCAUCCCCGGGCCAAUGUAGAUGGGGCAUGGCCACGGGAAAGCAAACGGCAGACAAGCAUGGUUGCCGCAGUUCUGAAAUCAUGCCAAUUGUCACAAUUCUGCUCAAACCGAAGGGUGGGAGAAAGAGGGAGGAUCAAGAGGGAGAAGCAUGUUUGGGCCGAUCGGAACAAAGGAGGCAGCAUGAGAAGCAGCGAGAACGAGGAGGAACAACGAAAAAGAGGAGGAGCGAGGGGACGAUGAGAAUGGAGGAAAGAGGAGGAUGGAACAAAAGGAGAAAGAGGGACGAAAAGGAGGAUGAUAAGCAUGGCAGACGACGAGAAUUCAUGGAGGAGGGGAGAGGAUGUAGGGAGGAGGUGAGAGGAUGUAGGGAGGAGGACAGUGCGCAAGGGGGAGGAGGAGGUUGGAACGAGGGGGAUGAGGAGGUCGCACAAGGAGGAGGAGGUUGUGUGAGGGGGAAGCGGACGUCGAGACAACGAGGAGGAGGUCGGAAGAGAAGUGGGAGGAGUUCAUGCGAGGGGAAGCAGGCAUCGCAACAAGGAGGAGGAGGUCGUGCGAGGGGGAUGAGGAGGUGGGUGGAGGACGCGUGAGGGGGAGGAGGUCGUACAAGGAUUAGGAGGACGUUGUGUGAGGGGAGGAAGAGGUCGAGCAAGGGAGAUCAGAAGAGU